CCCGCGCCCGCUCCCCGCGGCUCUUCCCGGCUGCGGCGCCUCGGCCAUGGCGGAGCUGAGCGCCGAGCGGCUGCGGGCGCUGCCCGGCAGCUGGAGUUACGGGAUCAGCCAGGGCGGCCGCGUCUUCUUCAUCAACGAGGAGGCGAAGAGCACGACCUGGCUGCACCCGCUCACCGGAGAGGCCGUGAUCACCGGGCACCGCCGCAGCGCAGACUUACCCACAGGUUGGGAGGAAGCGUAUACUUUUGAAGGUGCAAGAUAUUAUGUAAACCAUAAUGAACGAAAAGUAACCUGCAAACAUCCAGUAACAGGACAGCCAUCGCAGGACAACUGUAUUUUUGUUGUGAAUGAACAGACUGCUGCAGCAAUGACAUCUGAAGAAAAGAAGGAGCGACCAGUAAGCAUGAUAUGUGAAGCAACUAACUAUAAUCUGACAUCAGAUUAUGCUGCUCAUCCAAUGAGCCCUGUGGGCAGAACAUCGCGAUCUUCAAAGAAGGUUCAUAAUUUCGGAAAGAGAUCGAACUCCAUAAAGAGAAAUCCUAAUGCACCAGUUGUCAGACGUGGCUGGCUCUACAAACAGGAUAGCACUGGAAUGAAGCUGUGGAAGAAGCGGUGGUUUGUGCUCUCUGACCUGUGUCUCUUCUAUUACAGAGAUGAGAAAGAAGAGGGAAUACUGGGUAGCAUACUUCUACCUAGCUUUCAGAUAUCUAUGCUGUCUGCUGAGGACCAUAUUAACCGCAAAUAUGCCUUUAAGGCAGCUCAUCCAAACAUGAGGACCUAUUAUUUCUGCACAGAUACAGGGAAGGAAAUGGAGCUGUGGAUGAAAGCCAUGAUAGAUGCAGCACUUGUGCAGACAGAGCCUGUGAAAAGAAUUGAGAAGCUAACCAUUGAAAAUACAUCACCUCGAGAGGCAAAUAAUAUUUCAAACCACCGGGUGCUAAUUAAGCCAGAGGCACAAAAUAACCAGAAAAACAAAGAAGUGAACAAAAACGAGGAGAAGAAAGCUUUGGAAGCCGAAAAGUACGGGUUCCAGAAAGUUGGGCAAGAUAAACCAUUAACAAAAAUUAACAGUGUGAAGCUAAAUCCUUUGGGAUCCGAGUACAGGACUUUGCCCAUAAGCACGAUCCAGGCUGGACACUUCAGACCAGUCCAUUUGAAUGGGUCUGAGAGUAAAGGUGGGGUUGUCCUGGCGGACGCUGCGGAUGGAGCUCAUCACAACGCGGUGCCGUCACACGUGGACUCUGAGCGGGUCAUGCAGAGAACCAACUCCAUGCUGCAGCUGGAACAGUGGAUUAAAAUACAGAGAGGAAAAGGACAAGAAGAGGAAACAAGAGGCGUAAUCUCUUACCAGACGUUGCCGAGGAACAUGCCGAGCCAUCGCCCUCAGGUCUUACCCCGGUACCCAGAGGGCUACAGAACACUGCCAAGGAACAGCAAGGCACGUCCAGAGAGCCUCUGCAGCGUGGCACCCUCGGCCUACGACAGAGCCAUGGGACCCGUCACCGCCGAGGAGAAGCGCAGGUCGAUGCGCGACGACACGAUGUGGCAGCUCUACGAGUGGCAGCAGCGCCAGUUCUACAACAAGCAGACAACUCUGACUAGGCACAGUACUAUAAGUAGCCCAAAAACUAUGAUUAACAUUUCUGAUCAGACCAUGCAUUCGAUUCCCACCUCGCCUUCUCACGGCUCCAUCGCUGGUUUCCAAGGGUAUUCCCCACAGCGGACCUACCGGUCGGAAGUGUCAUCGCCAGUGCAAAGGGGGGAUGUGACCAUCGAUCGCAGGCACAGGGCGCAUCAUACCAAGCAUGUCUUUGUACCCGACAGAAGGUCGAUGCCAGCAGCUCUGAGUUUACAGCCUGUUACUCCUCAGAGCCUCCAAGGCAAAACACCAGAGGAGCUCACGCUGCUGCUAAUAAAGCUGAGACGGCAGCAAGCGGAACUGAGUAGUAUCCGGGAACACACACUAGCACAGCUCAUGCAACUAAAACUUGAGGCCAGCAGCCCAAAGAAUGAGAUUCUUUCACAUCACCUUCAAAGGAAUGCUAUAUAUGUGGAUCACCAGAUGAAAGAGAAUGAACCUUUAAUCACCAUGGUUCACACUAUGAUUGAGAACUCGGCGCUAAGACCACAACUGUACCAGCAAUUAACACAAGAGGAGUGUAGGGGUACACUAUACAAAUAUAGAACUGAAGAGCUGGAUAUUGAUGCUAAGCUUAGCCGUUUAUGUGAACAGGAUAAAGUUGUGCAAGCACUGGAGGAGAAGCUUCAACAGCUGCACAAGGAGAAAUACACGCUUGAGCAAGCUUUGCUAUCAGCAAGCCAGGAGAUAGAAAUGAAUGCAGAUAAUCCCGCAGCCAUACAGAAUGUGGUCUUACAGAGAGAUGACUUGCAGAACGGACUCCUUAGCACUUGCCGAGAAGUAUCACGAGCUACUGCAGAACUGGAAAGAGCUUGGAGAGAAUAUGAUAAAUUGGAGUAUGAUGUAACUGUAACAAGGAACCAUAUGCAGGAGCAACUUGAUCGGCUCGGAGAAAUUCAGACUGAGUCAGCAGGGAUACAGCGUGCUCAGAUUCAGAAGGAACUGUGGAGAAUUCAGGAUGUCAUGGAGGGUUUACUUAAACAUAAACAGCAAAGAAACUCUUCAGAGGCAGGCAUCAUGGUUUCAAGGACGUUUUCAUCCAUUAAAUAUAAAAAUGAGGAAGAGGAAGUAGUCCCACCUCGUCCUCCACUCCCUCGGUCCUAUGACUUUACAGAGCAUCCUCCCAUAAUCCCCCCUCUGCCCAGUGAUAGCAGCUCCUUGCUCUGUUAUAGCAGGGGCCCAGUACAUCUGACAGAAGAAAAGAAGAUUUACCAAGUUCAAGGAUAUCAGAGAAAUGGAUCUUACUGUGGUCCUGAUUAUAGGCUUUAUAAGAGCGAGCCGGAGUUAACCACAGUAGCAGAAGUAGAUGAGUCUAAUGGUGAAGAAAAAACAGAACAAAUGUCAGAGUCAGAAUCUACUGCUAAAGGCUCACAUUUUCCUGUGGGAGUUGUACCACCCAGAACCAAGUCACCAACACCAGAGUCUUCAACAAUAGCAUCCUAUGUCACUUUGAGGAAGAACAAGAAGAUAGAUCUGAGAACGGAAAGACCAAGAAGUGCAGUGGAGCAGCUGUGUCUUGCAGAAAGCUCACGGCCUCGAAUGACUGUGGAGGAACAGAUGGAAAGAAUAAAGAGACACCAACAAGCCUGCCUGAGAGAAAAGAGGAAAGGACUCAAUAUUAUUGGCGUUUCAGACCAGUCUCCUUCACAGAGCUUGUCGUAUGUCCGAGAUAACCCAUUCAAACUGGCACAGAAUCGAAAAAAGGAUGAUCCUGUAUAUAGUAACAUGAAGGAAUUAGAGAGCACCAGUAGAGAAAAUAAUUUCAAACAAAAUAAUGGAAGUCCUGGAGAAGAAAUAGCGCAACUAAAACACGAUGGAGAACAAGAACAUAAUUCAGGUUUUACUAAAGAGCUGUCAAAAACUGAUGAUCUUUUAUCAGAUGCACAUGUUGCAUCUGACUCAAAAGAAGUGAGUAAUGAAGAGAAAGCAGAAAAGAAAAAUAAAUUGGAAGAAACACAUGAUGGUGAUAUAAGCUUGCAGAGUGUGACCACAGUUACAAACCACAAACCCAAAACCAGCUCAGAAGAAAGUGAAGUAGUUAGUGUUCAAGAUCAAGAAGGGAUUAUGUCUUCAUUUGAAUUAGCAGCACAGUCUUCAAAAGGAAAUCAGGCAACAGCAGCACUAACGACUUCUGUUGAAACAAUUCAUGCCUGAGAUGUAUGGACCUGACCUAUGAAAAUACAAGAAGAUAUUGUACAGUAUAUUUUAAAUCUAUGAAAUUCAUAGUUCUGAUGCUUUUGGCCACAGAGCAUCGUUUUAUCACUUCCUGGAAAAUGUUUAUUCCAAGAGAGCUUUAACUGGCCCACAUGUACACUCAACAACCUUCAGAUUGUUCUCCUGAUACCAGCUUGCUGCUAUGAUUUCUGUGCACAUAAAACAAAGGCUCUUUUUAAUGUGCAGCCUACAGUCAGAACUUUAUUUGCUAUUCUCCAGAAUUUAAUGUUCUUUUAAUUAUGGAUCAUAUAAGUUUACUUUUUUGCUUCUUUUAGAUGCAUAACUCGGUUAAUUUUACAUAUCACCACUAAAACUUGUUUUACACUUUUUAAACAUUACAAUUUAUUGUUUUAACAUUUUAUUUGUAAAAUUUUUAUAUAUAUAUACAUAUAGAUAUAUUUAAAAUGUGCCAUUUUUAUUAUUGCUUAGUAAAAUAUGUCCUGUUUCUGCUGUAAUUAUUUCUUGGUCAGGUUGCAAUGUCAGCAGUUACUGCCACACUUCUGUCGACAUAGACAUUAAUGUUAGUGGUUACUUUUGAAUAAAAUGGAGUGUAGGUAUUUUGAGGUACUGGGCUUUUCCUUCAUGGGGUUAGGGUGUGUACAGCAAUAAGCAGGUUUUCAAUCCAGUACUUAGAUUGUGUACAAAUGUAAUUAUGUUCAUUGUGUAUAUAUUAUACAAUGAGCACAUAUGAUGUAAGUAUAAGAAGCCACUUAUUAUUGUUCAAAUACGAAUGUUCAUAUCCCAUUUCUUUUAUAUCAUAUUAAAUAAAUGUUGAUGUUCUUAAGGACUGGUAUGGUUAGUGUUUCUUCCAGCAAACAGAUGUCACACUGUGUUCCACCUUUUGAUGUGGGGAAUGCAACAAUUCCUAUCUCACUGGCAACAUCACCUGUCAACCAGAGUAGCAGUGACAGACUCUUAAGAGAUCCCAGUCUUCCUCAACGGGAAAGAAUAAGGCUGCAACACAGAACAAAAAAGACAGCCUGAGACUGAGACACAAGACAUACAGGUUCAGCUCCUGACUCUCUCAGACUUGUAUUGUGAUAUUGGAAUAAUCACUUAGUCAUUCUGUGCCUCCAUUCCCUGCCUGUUUACAUGAGAGGUAACAGGGGUGUGGUGAGUAGUCAUUCAAUAUUUGAUAACGUUGAUUGCCAAGUUCAGUGGGGUUAAGGAGAGAAGUGUGAUGAUUCCUUGAGGCUUUGGCAUCUGCGAGGCAUCUUCCAGAAACUGAAAGAAAAUCUGGAAUGAUUUAUCUGGGGUUGUCACACUACAGAUGUUGCUACAGCUUCACCUUUCCACCUUGCACAGCUGUUUGAAUUUGCCCGAGACAAAAGAGGUUUAGAAAAGAAUGAUGAAAAAUGAAAAGAUUUAAAGGAAAGCUUUUGAAUGUAGGAAUUAAAGCUAAGGAAUCUUUCACAGGUUCAGGCAACUGCUCUGUGCUUUGGUGCACGUGUGUGCCAUAAGUGGUAAGGCAAGUUUCACAAGAAGACAACUGCCAGCUCCUGUUGUGCUUUUUUUAUCGUACAAAUCAUAUCCCGAUCAAGUUAAUAUUGCUGUUCUAGAGACUGUAUAAUUCAUUGUGCUUUUCCAUAGAGGAAUGCCUGAGAUUAAUACAUUGUUUGAAAUAACUCUAUCAUUGCCCCCCUCCCCAAGUAGGAGUUCGUGUUCCUGGGGCUCGUUGCUACGAAGGCACAGAGUACACUCUCUGGCUACCUGUUCUUCUGCCAUUUUCUUUGAAAAGUGCAAAAAUAGGAAUCAGAAUUUAGCAGCAAAGCUUGGAGAGUCACAGGGAAAGAGAUGGCUAAAGGAAAGAAAAUGAAUCAUGAUGCAGGCAGACAGCAUCCAUCUGAAAGUUUGACCAAAUAGCGAUUUUUUUUUUGGAACAGGAGCCCUAAAUUAGUGCAUUCUUCCUUCCAAAAAACAAAGUGAAGAAGAGGAAUGCGAUUUUUUUUUUUUUUUGCUCAACCAGCUGAGGUUUAAGUUCAGGGGUAUCGCUGGAACACCUGAAGCAAAGCACAUAGGACACACCCUGUUCUCUCCCUAACCCUUCUAGAGAGAGAGCUCUGUUUGCUGUCAAAUUUUGCAGUCUUUCUGUCCUUGCUGCCAAGAAUUGCAACCAAUAAAGGAAAGAAUGACUAAGUGAUUUUUGGACAUUUAUAAAUGUUGGCUGUGUUUAAAGCAUUAAAGGUUUGGUGUAUCUGCAAAGAAUGUGCAGUUUACAUUGAAGCCACAUGGAAGAAUUAGCAAGUUUUGCUGGUAUAAUUGUUGGCAAAAACAGCAAAGGUAAAUAAAUGAUGCAGGAAUGUAGUAAUGCUCAUAGACUACAAUUUCACUUCCUGUGGGCACUUUCAGCAAAGACUUGGAGUUUCAUUGGGUGCUUUAUUUUUUGUCUUACGGAAGUAAAAAAUAUGGCUUUGUGUUAUCACAGAGCAUCUACUGUUUCUUACCUCAUCAGAAUAACUCAUCCCAAUGAUCAUAUUCCUGAGAUAUAGAAAUAUCAGAAUACUGAUAUGGUCAGCUUUCAAACAUCUAUUUUAAGUUUGUAUCUAGGAUAUUUUUAUAUUUCUGACUGAUUGCUUUAUUGGCUAUUGCACUGACACUUGUAUAUAUGGAACGUGCUUUUUUUCAAAAGCAGGAGUCCUUAGGAAUAAUGCCACACAUUCUCUACAGAUGUUCAUGCUUUUCAGAACCAAUUACAUCUAUUUUUGUCUUUUGUUCACCAUUUGCAUUGUUCCAAGGCUACUAGAGAAUGUGAUUCUUUUAAGUCCCUUAAUAAAGUGACAUUACUCAAAAAGUUA